AUGGCGACUGGGCGCUGCGGGCACACAGAGCACGCCCCAGAGCUCCACAGCCUCUGGCUCGGCUUCUCGACCAGCGGCCGCCUCUGCGCGUGGGACAACUUGUGUGCCCUCAUUAUUACCACUGAAGCCUGCUCAAAGGCGAAGGCCGCUCAUCUCCAUCACUGGGAGGAGCGCCAGCCGCCGAGACAGCCAUCCACUUCGCCAUUGCCGACGUCCUCGCCCCGGCAGAUCGAGAGAGAUGCGGAAAAGAGGCGGGAGGAAGAGGAAAAGACGUGCCAGCUCCAUCCCCUCCACUGCGUUGUGCGCCUGGCUCUCACCUGCAACCAUUCUACCUCCACCCCCUGCCAAAUUCUCCAUCCCUUUCUUACAGAUUCCUGUAAGUUCUUAUUGUUCGGCUACCUGUACAUGGAUGUUUAUCCCAAAAAAUAG